AUGGCCGACACUACACGGACGGAGCCCGUCCCCAAUGGUCAACUGGUGGACGAGAAGGCUGCUGCCCCUCCAUACUCUUCCCAGCACCUGAACCCGAACGGAAGCGAGGAAUCACGACCCGACUCUCUCGUCUCCGCGGACUCCUUCAAGAGCACGUCUUCAGAACUACCGUCGACAACAGAUACACCGUCCAGCAGCGCCAAGACGACCGCCGCUGACGAGGAAGAGUGGAAGCCACCCGUGGAUGGUCCAUUGAAGACGCCGAUCCCGAAGCCUCUCCCCUCCUGUAAACCUAUCCCAGAAGCCAAGCUCAGCCCUGAGCAGGAGACAAAAUAUGCAACAGUGCUCGCUGCUGUCUCCUCAUGGCAAACGCUGCCCUCCACAACCGCCAAGAAUGCCCCGCAAGCCCCCUUGGAAGAGCGCGAGCGCAUGUUUCUGACGAGAGAAUGUCUCCUUCGCUACUUGCGCGCGACAAAGUGGAAGACGGGAGAUGCGUUGAAGAGAAUACAGGGCACGUUGAGCUGGAGGAGAGAAUACGGAGCAGACACGUUCACACACGAGUACAUCAGCCCAGAGAACGAGACUGGCAAACAGGUACAGCUAGGAUAUGAUAACGAUGCACGUCCGCUCUUGUACCUCAGCCCGGGCAAGCAGAACACCAAGAUGUCAGAUCGACAAAUCCACCACCUCUGCUACAUGCUCGAUCGCAUGAUCGACAUGAUGCCGCCGGGUGUCGAGAACAGCGCGUUGGUGAUCAGCUUCAAGGGUGCUGCUAGUGGCACUGUCCCGUCGGUUGGUCAAGCAAGAGCGGUCCUCAACAUCCUGCAGACUCACAACCCGGAGCGGCUGGGCAAGGCUCUCAUCAGUGAGACUCCUUGGUAUGUCAACACGUUCUUCAAGCUCAUCAGCCCGUUCAUUGAUCCCGUCACACGGGAGAAGAUGAAAUUCAACGAAGACUUGAAGAAUUAUGUGCCUGCCGCACAGCUCUGCAGUACUCACGGUGGCCAUCUCAACUUCGAAUACGACCACUCUGUUUAUUGGCCCGCCCUGGACGAGGAAUGUAAGAGGAGGCGAGCGGCAUACAAAUUGCGGUGGGAGAAGGGCGGCAAGAUGAUUGGAGAGUACGAGGAAUACUUGAGGGGAGGGAAUCACCUCUCGCUGCAGCAGACGCUCGACUCUGCGAAAGAUGACAGCACUGCCAAUGCCGAGAAAGUCGCCGCGAGCGUUUCCAAGCUCAGCGUGUAG